UUCUGUCCGCGCCACCGCUCCUCGACCCCCGCCCAACACUCCCAGCCGUCACGCCGUCGCCGCCGCGAGUCCUUCAUUCACCAUGAUCAUCUCCAAGAAGAACCGCCGCGAGAUCUGCAAGUACAUCUUCCAUGAGGGGGUUCUAUAUGCCAAGAAGGACUACAACCUGGCCAAGCACCCCAAGCUUGACGUGCCCAACCUGGAGGUGAUUAAGCUCAUGCAGAGCUUCAAGUCCAAGGAGUAUGUCAGGGAGACCUUCUCCUGGCAGUACUACUACUGGUACCUCACCAACGAUGGCAUUGAGCACCUCCGCAGCUUCCUCAACCUGCCGUCAGAGGUUGUGCCCAACACCCUCAAGAAGUCCUCCAAGCCCCCGUCCCGUCCCUUUGGCUCUGGCCCACCGGGUGACCGCCCCAGGGGUCCCCCUCGCUUUGGGGAAGACAGACCUAGGUUUGGGGAUAGGGAUGGUUACAGAGGAGGUCCACGAGGUGCAAUGGGUGAUUUUGGUGGUGAGAAGGGUAGUGCUCCUGCGGAUUUCCAGCCAUCUUUUAGGGGUAGCAGACCUGGCUUCGGCCGUGGUGGCGGCAGCGCUUUUGGUGCCAGUGGAUCUUCCAUGGAGUGAUCUAUCAACUUAAGCGGGAAAAUUGAUUCAGGAUAGGCACAUGUUUGUUGAUCUUUGAACUUUUGAGGACAAUGAGAUUUUGGUUUACCGAGCUGUUGCCGUGGCUUGACAUGGUUUUGUGAUCCUCCUUUUUUUGUUACAUUAAAUUAUUAAAGCAGCAAGUCAUCAUUCGCAUC